AUGGAGGUCUCCACGCUUGGAGAUCUCCGCCCUGUGAAAUUGUAUAGUCUUGGAAUUUUGAGCAUGGAAUAUGGUUCUUGGUUUUACUGGAAUUGCUGGGCAUUCUCUACGAUUGCUGUUGUUGAAGGAAUGAAUAAGAUUGUAACGGGCGAGUUGAUAACUUUGUCUGAGCAAAAGCUGGUUUAUUGUAAUAAGAUGUAUAACCAGGGGUGCAAUGGGGGUCUUACGGACUAUGUCUUUGAUUUCAUCACUAAAAAUGGUGGCAUUGAUAGGAAUUGCUGGGCAUUCUCUACGAUUGCUGUUGUUGAAGGAAUGAAUAAGAUUGUAACAGGCGAGUUGAUAACUUUGUCUAAGCAAAAGCUGGUUUAUUGUAAUAAGAUGUAUAACCAGGGGUGCAAUGGGGGUCUUACGGACUAUGUCUUUGAUUUCAUCACUAAAAAUGGUGGCAUUGAUAGUGAGGAAGAUUACCCUUACUGA